CUGAGCUUCAGCUACGUUAUUAGGUGCUUUGUACGGAGUACGUGCACCACUGUACUUGAUGUACCUGCCCGCCUUCUGUGGCUGGGGAGCUCGCACCACCAUCACCGCCACCACACCACCACCAUCACUACGACUACGACUACGACGCACGAAGUAGAGGAGGCGGGAAACCUAGGCCGAUUUGUUGCCUCUCUUUUUGCAUCAAUCAUCAAGCUGCAACACCGUUCGUCUAUCCGCGUCGUCUUUCCGACACCCGCGCUGAGCUCGCACGCCCACCCGCCAUGUCCGCCCUGCAGCGUGCCCGGUCCCUGCGCAGGCCACCGCCGCCGUCGUUGAACAAUACGGCGCCAUCGUCGUCGUCGUCCGACAAGCCCACGGCGGCAGGCGAGCGCCCCCGGCGGCCGCGCACCGCGUCGCCGAGCCGCCUGCCCAUCAAGCCGCCCACGACUACGAGCACGAGCACGAGCACGAGCACGAGCACCACGGCCACAACCUCGGCCACGCGAACCGCGACGGCGGGCACUCGAGCCGCGAGGCCGGCAUCGAUGCACCUCGCUCGCCCGACGGCGAUGACUACUACCACGACGGCAUCGGCAUCCAGGCCGCAGGAGGGGCCGGCCCCGCGGAGGGACGCGUCCAGCCGGUAUCCGCCGCUGUCGAGCUCCAACAGGCCGGCUCCCACCUCCACGCAGACGCGCCGACCGACGUCUGCCGAUAGCGCCGAUAGCGCGGCGGCGGCAGCGACGACGACGGCCCCGAGACGCGCGGCGACGCACCAGCGGGCGAAGAGCAAUGUCACGAAGCUGAACUCUGCGACCACCCUCCGACCGCCGUCGCGGGACGCCCACGCUCCCGUCACGAGAACCGCGCGCAGCUCGUCGAUAGCCAACCCGUCGCCGUCUACGCCUCCCGCCGCUGCGCCGUCCAAGCAGCCGCUAGCUGCUGCUGCUCCCCAAGCACAGGUGGCCCCGCCACCCCAGCAGCAACGACGACUACGGCCGGCAUUCUCGACACUGCAGCAGCACUACUCACCGGCCAAGAAGCUCGCACCCAAGCCCCUGACGUCGACGUACCUCGCGCCGCCCUCGCCGUCCAAGCUGCCCGCCAACGUGGCCGCCUCGGCCGAGACGAGCAAGCUCCAGGCCGAGCUCCUGCAGCUACACCUCCUCCACCGCGAUGCCGCCGAGGUGGACUCGAGAUGGCGCGCCAGCGCGCGCGAGAAACUCGGUCGGCGCUUCGCGCGUCUGAGUGAGGCGUGCGCCCAGCAGGCGGACCGACAGCGCGCGGCCGCUGAGCGGGAGAAUGCUCUCGCGCUGCGGCGCUGGGGCAGCGCCGGCGGCAUGGGGCUGGACGACCGAGUGCAGGUGCUGGAUGAGGUGCUCAGCGGCCUCUGGGCGCUGGGCGACGCGGGGGGACGGUAUAGCCGCGCGGUGCGGCGCUUCGAGCGCUGGAUCGAACGUGCGCGGCAGAUUGAAGCCGCGAGGGGGACAACCACCACUGCUGCCGCUACCUUGCUGCCACGAGAGAGCCAGCAGCAGGACGACUCGCUGUUCAUCGGUGAGCUCGACGACGCGUGGAGGGACGAGUGCGCGGGCAUGUUCCGGCGCCUCGAGGCCUGGCGGGCGCAGCUCGACGAGGUGGACGAAUUGCCCGACGAGGACGAGGGGGUCGGGGUCGGACACGUACUGCGCGACCAGAGCGGCAACAGCCGCUGCCGCCGCCGCCUGGACACGGCGGCGACGACAACCACGACGGCGACGAGCCUGGAGAGGAUGCUCCGCGGGGCGCGGCACUUGCUGGACGGCAUGCUGGACGAACUGCGCGUCAUGGAGGAGUUGGAGCGGGAGGCGCUGGCCAGGGAGGACGAGUGGAUCGAAGCGGUGAACAAGGAGGGUGACGAGGAGAGCGACGACGACGACGACGGCGAUGAUGAUGAUGGUGAUGAUGGUGAUAAUACCCCGAGGGCAGGCGCCGUAUGGAGAGUCAUCUGAUAGAAAUCCAACCAACGGUCAGCCGCCGCGUCUUGAUAUCAAGCCGGUGAUUGGAGCCUCGGGCUUGUCAUCCAGCGUACAUGAUACGACGGGGCGGCCAAUCUGGAAGACGGCCAACUUACCUACUCCGGGCGGCAGUGCUGCCGAGCCGUUCUCCAGCGACGACUUGUCAGUGCAUUUCGCCGAAGGUUUUUAAUCAAGACAUGGUUCGCCGAUUGAUAGCUGAAUCUUUUCAACACGACGAUCACGCGUCGAACCACCCUAUGUAGCGGUAGUACUUGAUAGUAAAAGUAGCCGUCCGCGGUCGACAUUCACACAGCAAGGCCAGUCAGUUCAAUUUCAACGGCACUGCCGAGUACAACGUUACAGCAUAGACUUGGGCUCAAAACAUUUCGUCAUAGACCAAGGCAAAAGUCUAGCUAGCUAUAAAUGCGAAGAAUAUGCCCAGGUGAUCGGUCGAAUCGGGCCGAGCAAAGCAAGC